GCGUGUCCAGCGCGCCGGUCGAGGUCCUCGUCACCGACACUCCCGAUUACUACGCGGUGGAUGUCGAUAACCCCACAGGUCACGUCAACGUCGGCGGCGCGCUCACCAUUCAGGCGAGCUUCAAGAGCUACGCCACGGGCGACAAGCCUGGCUUCGGCGUCCCCUAUCAGCCAGAACAGGUCGAGCUGGUCGAGGGCGAGCAAGUCCUCGGCACCAUCACGCCAGGUUACGGGCUCGCUGUGGGCGAGGUCGAUCUUUCGGGGUUGAGCGAUGGCGCGCAUGAUCUGAGGUUGCGCGCGACCAUUCAAGGAAACACCGUACUCAGCCCCGCGUUCACCGUCUCCAAGCUUCAGCCGGUGAUGGAUUACUGGCAGGACUUCGCGCCAAACGAGACACUUCGAGGAGAAAACGCCCGUUUGUUCGAGACCGCCGAUGGGUUGAUGUUGCUCGCACACACCUGCGCUCGAGAGUGCUCGGUCAAAGCCUAUCGCUACAAUGACUCCAACGACCGUUGGGAAGAAAUCCGCUUUAGCCGCGAAUAUCACCGCAACCGAGAUGGAGCUGUGGAGACCAGCGUCAAUCAGACCGCCUCACUGGAUCUGCCAGUGUAUGUCGGCUGGGGCUGGCCAUCUGCGGACGCGCGCCAGAUCCACACGCCAAACGCGCUCGCCGCGCGACCGAUCGUUGCCUUUAGCAACAGGGACGCCUUCCGCUCCUUUAAUGAUGAAGCAGUCCCUGACCACUACUGGUUUGACUGUCACGUCGCGCGCUGGAAUGACUCGGCGGGACAGGAUGGAAACGGAGGUUGGGAUCUGCUCUCGAACGAAGAUCCUGACUACCUCUACAUGCUCCCUCACCCGAGCACUUUCCCCGAGAACAAGCAGCGCCAUCCUCAGGGUGUCAACGCAGUACGUCUCGAGGAUUGCCGUCACCCACGCGUCGCGCUCGGCGCCAAUGAUACCCCGAUCAUCGCGCACAUCAGCAGCGUGGUUCCUGGCACAGAGCACUCCGUCGAGGUUCGUCAGUGGGAUGGCAAUAACUGGACUGACCUGGCUGACGCGCUCGACAUCACUGGAUUUGAUCCUGUGUUGCACGCCUUCGUGUUGGAUACCAACAGCCGCCCUGUCAUCUCCGUCGAUGGUGGCCCGAACAACACGCCGACCAUCUGGCAGCUCGGCAUGAGCGGCAGCUGGUCGCAAAUCGGCGCCGACGAGACCGAGCGCGCGAUCACCUCGUUGCGACCGCUGCAAGGGGGCGGAUUGCUCGGUGGCGGUAUCGCCAACGGGGACGCGUCGGUCUACCUGAGCUCUGGCAACACGUGGCUCGCGCUCGGCGACAUCCUCGAUGUCUCGCCGUGGGCGCAGGUCUUCGAGCUGGAAGUGUUGGAAGCGGGCGGCGAAUUUUUCGCCGCCUGGGUCGAAGGCCCCGCACAGGGCAACCGCGAUAUAUUCGUGGCGCGAUGGCUGGCAGAUAGCGCGCGUUGGGAGCUGCUCGGUGGAGGUCCUGUCGAUCUGCAGAUCGACGAGGACGCGAGCAACCUCCAGAUCGCGCUCGAUGCGCAAGGGCACCUGCUGGUGCGCUACACCGUGACCGAUAUCGAAGGGCUCGCAAGAGAGUACGAGAUGAAGAACUCAAAACAUCGUUUCGACCGGCGCACGUUCCUCAAGGCCUGCGGCCUUGGCGCGGGCGCCUUCUUCCUCCCCUCCCUCGCGCGAGGUGACAGCAACGCGCUCCAACCUCCUCGCCGCAUCAUCUUCAUGAUGUCCGAGCUCGGGUGGAACCCCUUCGAGUUCCGCAUGAAGCCUCCCGGCGCGCCCGACGAGGUCUUGCUGCGAAGCGCCUAUCACCCGAGUUACAAGAAUCAGCCCGAUCCGCUGACCUGGGAGCUCGACCUCAAGCGCACCCCGCGCGAGGACUUUAGCUACGCGCUCGAGCCGCUCUACGACCUGCGCGAACACGCGCUCGUGCUCGAUGGGUUGGGGAUGCUCAGCAUCGGCCUCGAUGGUCUGGGAGAUGCGCACGCCAAGGGAUGGAACCACGCAUUGAGCGGUUACCCCGCCGAUGGCUUUAUCACUGGCCAGCGCGCCAUGGGCGGACGACCCAGCCUCGAUAUGCAGAUCGCGAAGCAUCUGCGCGCGCAGAACCCGAACCUGACCGACCUGACCGCGCUGCACUUCUACAUCAACCACGCCUGGUGGGGCGGCGGCGUGGAUACCUUCCACCACUUCUUCUAUGACGAAGGCCCCAGCGGCGAGAUCGUGAAGGUCCCGACCGAAUCCAACCCCAAAGCGGUCUUCGACAAGUUGUUCCCUGGCGGGAUGUUCGGUGGAGAAUCACUCGACUCCGUGGCGGAGAGCAAGAUCCUCGAGGAGCUCGAGGCUGGUUAUAGCGAGAUGCGCCCCAACCUCUCGACGCGGGACAAGCAAAAGCUCGAUCUGCACCGGCGGACCGUGUCCGAUAUCAAGAACCGCAUCGACGCGUUGCGCAACCUCGAGUGUACGGUCCCCGCGGAACCCACGAACCCACGUGAUCUUCCCGACUCGGAUGCCUUCGAGCAGAACCUCGAGGCGUUCUUCGAGAUGACCACCGUGGCGCUCUCCUGCGGGUUGACGCGUGUGGUGUCGAUGCAACUGCCGAACUCGAGCGGCGUGCGCUCGAGCUUCUAUGGCGCGGGCGAUUACGACUUCCACGAGUGGUACUCGCACGGCACCAACCCGCCCAAGCGCUGGCGCGGCGUGGAGAAUGCCAACGUCACCGAGGAGGAGCACAACAAGUUCCUCGAUGCCUCUCCUGUCAUCGCCAACAAGAACCGCUUCCACGUCGAGCUCGCCGCGCGCCUGGCGCGCAAGCUCCAGCAGGUGCCCGAUGGCGAAGGCACGCUGCUCGACUCGACGUUGAUUGUCCUGAUGGACGAGAUCUCGCACGGGAGCCACGGCCACGAUCAGUGGCCUGUGGUCAUGCUCGGAGGCUUCGGGGGCGCGUUCCGCACGGGUCGCUACAUCCGCUUCCCGCGCACCAAUCCAUCACCAUCCUUCAACAGCUCGGGCUCCUACGCAGGCGUACCCCACAACCACCUCCUCGUCUCCAUCGCGCAGGCCAUGGGGAUGCCCAUCAACGAUAUGGGCGUCCAAUCCGUCUACGCGCGGCGUGGAGGUUACGCGGGCCAAAACAUCAGCCUCACUGGGCCUCUCCAACAGCUCUACUGA